UUUAGACCAUGAUGGAUAUGUAUAUUAUAACAUUUAAACUCGUAAGAAAUGAGAAUCCAUCGUAUCUAUAAUGUUCAAUUCAAUAAACAAAUCGAGUUAUAUAUCAUUUCAAAUUAAGUUGUGUGUAGAUUCAUAUUCUAUUAAGGUUUAUCUACGGUUUGGUACAUACAUUUUAAAUGCAUGCUUAUUACUUGAUGUAGAUCUACAUCAAGUUACAUGGCGCCCCAGGAUUAAGUGAUUAUUAAGUACCAGGACUGUACGUAUAGGUAUAAUGGCCCAGGUUAAUAGAACAGAAAAGGAAAAUGGUCCUAAUGUGCCAUACUGUAAGCUGUACAGGUUUGCAACAACAUCCGAUAGGAUAUUGAUAUGCAUGUCUACAAUUGGCAGCAUUGUAGCAGGACUAAUGUUGCCGUUUUCUGUUAUUGUCGUGGCUGGCAUCUUUAACGUAAUGGUAGAACACGAGAAGAAUGUUCUACAGUCCAAACCUGUCGACAACGCCAAGUUUUUGGAAGCUCUUCAUAAAUUUGGAGUUCAUUACUCAUUGAUAGGUUUGACAGUGGUCGUAUCUUUGUAUAUAGGCACGGCUUUUGUUGAGAUUGCUGCUAUAAAUCAGAUUUACCAUAUAAAACAAGCAUAUUUAAGAGCCGCUAUGCACCAGGAUAUGUCUUAUUUCGACCAGCAACAGACGGGGGAUUUCGCAUCGAAAAUGGCAGAUGAUAUUCUAAAAUUGGAAGAUGGCAUUGGUCUUAAGGUAUCGACCUUCGUGUACAAUGUAACGGGCUCGAUUAGCGCCUUAAUCAUGGCCUUCCUCAAGGGAUGGAAACUUACGCUUCUCUGCCUCAUAAUGGCUCCCGUAACAUUGGUCAUCCUUAUGUUGUCUGGUAUGAUAGCAAAUCGAUUGGUCAAGAAAGAAGCAGUUGAGAGCGGUCGAGCAAGUGCCAUCGCCGAAGAAGUGAUCAGUUCAGUCCGCACGGUGUAUGCAUACAACGGGCAGGAAAAGGAAAUUGAGAGAUAUAAGGAGCCUCUUGCUAAAGCGCGACAGAUUCAUAUUAAGAAAGAUAUUUUCACGGGACUAACGAUGAGCUUACUGACACUUGGAACAUUUUGCUCCUACGGCUUGUCAUUUUACUUUGGUGCUUAUUUGAUGAUUGAGGAGCCUGAGUCUUAUGAUGCCAAUGUCAUGUUCUCUGUAUUUUUUGGUGUUGUACAUGGUUUACAAUUUUUUGGAAUGGCGGGUGCCGUGGUAACCACUUUUGGGACUGCCUGCGGCGCUGCCGCCCAAAUCUUCCGCCUCAUUGACAAUACGCCAAGUAUAAAUCCUUAUGAGGAAACAGGAGUAAAACCUUUGAGUUUUGAGGGCUAUAUAGAUCUCAAGAAUGUUAUGUUCAAUUAUCCUACAAGGCCUGAUGUAAUGGUUCUCAAAAACAUUAAUCUAAGUAUAAAGCGAGGGCAGUCAGUAGCGCUCGUGGGGCACUCUGGCUGUGGAAAAUCCUCCAUCAUACAGCUUAUAACCAGAUUCUAUGAUGUCGACGCAGGCAGCGUGCGUGUGGACGGACAUGACGUACGAGAGUUGUCAGUGAGGUGGCUGCGCGCGCAGAUAGGGCUGGUGGGGCAAGAACCUGUGCUGUUCAACACGACCGUCCGCGAGAACAUCCGCUACGGCCAAGAGGACGCCACGGAUGCUGACAUACGGGCGGCCGCGGAGCAGGCCAACGCGCAUCACUUCAUACUAAAAUUACCGAUGGGUUACGACACGCUCGUUGGAGAGCGCGGUGUCUCCGUGUCAGGAGGACAGAAACAGCGCAUAGCUAUUGCCCGUGCUCUGGUGCGCAAUCCAAGCAUCUUGCUGUUGGACGAGGCCACCAGCGCUCUUGACAUGGCCUCGGAAAUGGAGGUUCAACUUGCUUUAGAAAAGGCUUCCGAAGGACGAACAACCGUUAUAGUAGCUCACCGGUUAUCGACGAUCAGAAAUGCGAACUUAAUUUGUGUGAUGAAGGACGGAGUCAUUGUUGAAGAAGGAACCCACGCGGAACUUGUCGCGAAAAAAGGGCUCUAUUAUGAUAUGGUGAAGCUUCAGGAGCCAGCUUUAAUUGAUGCUGGCUCUAGGCAUAAGGACAGAUCUAUAAGUGAACAUGAUAUUCCGGACGGUACACCAGCUGUACAUAUCUCAAGAGGAAGAGAAGAAGUAAAAAGCGUUGCGUUUCGAGAUGCUCUAGCGCUCAACGCACCAGAGUGGAAGUUGAUAUUAGUUGGAUGUAUCUGCGGUUUUGUUGUCGGAUUCACCUUACCUCUAGCUGUUCUGGCUUUUGGUCAGUUGUUCGGGUCAUUAUCAAAUCCAGACCCAGCCAUCAUGUUAAAAGAAGUAUCUCAUAUAUCGUUGGCAUGUGUUGGAAUAGGUCUAGCUAUUGGAUCUUCGUACUUUAUACAAGCGGUGUGUUUCGGGCUGGCGGGCGCGCACCUCACGGAGCGCCUGCGGAUGAGCAUGUUGGCUCAUAUGCUGCGCCAGGAUAUCGCGUUCUUCGACGAGCGAGCUAAUUCUACGGGCGCACUGUGCGCCAGGUUGUCCGCUGAGGCGGCACAUGUGCAAGGCGCAACUGGUCACCGAAUCAGCAUAUUAGUUCAAUGCAUAGGCACCGUGUUCUUAUCCCUGGGCAUGGCCUUGACAUCCGAAUGGCGCGUGGCUUUGGUGGCACUGGCAUUUGUGCCUCUCGUGCUGCCCGUGUUUUACUACCAAAAUGUCAUCGCUACCAUUGUGGCUUCAAUGAAUGCUAAGGCUGUUGAAAGAAGCACUCAGAUAGCAGUAGACGCGUUGUCCAAUAUUCGCACGGUAGCAGCCCUGGGACGAGAAGCCGCGUUUGUGCGGGAGUACGUAGCUCAGCUGGCCCUCACGCUGCCGUUUGCCAAGCGCGGAGCCCACCUCUUUGGCCUGGUCACUGGCCUGUCCCGGGCCAUGUUUAAUUGGAUGAACUCUGCAGCCCUUGUUUACGGCGGACACCUAGUUGUAUACGAGCGAUUAGCAUACGAGAAAAUUUUGAUCACAACGCAAUGCAUUCAAAUGUGUGCAGGGAUAGCGAAUGAAGUGUUAUCGUACAUGCCCGACUUCCAGAAGGGAAUGUCGGCAGCUGCUCGAGUGUUGGAUCUGCUGCACACGCGGCCGGCUAUCGUGGACCCUAAGGAUCCUGUCACUGGUUUUGUACCUUCAGGUGAAAUAAAUUUCAAGGAAGUUGAGUUUUACUAUCCAAACAGACGUAGCAUUAUGGUACUGAAGCAGCUCAACCUUGAGGUACCAAGUGGGAAAACGGUAGCUUUAGUCGGUCGAAGCGGUUGUGGCAAGAGCACGAUCAUACAGCUGUUGUUAAGAUACUACGACCCUUGUGCGGGAAACGUGUCAUUGGAUGGGGUUCCGCUGCCCCGACUGCUGAUGAAGGACUUACGCGCGAGCUUCGGGCUAGUGGCCCAGGAGCCAGUGCUAUUCGACCUGACAAUCGCAGAGAACAUCGCUUUCGGACAGAACGACAGAGUGGUGUCACGCGACGAAAUAAUUGAAGUUGCGAAACAGGCCAAUGUGCACAGUUUUGUGGUGACUUUGCCACAGGGCUACGACACAAACAUCGGCAAGAAAGGCACCCAGCUGUCCGGCGGACAGAAGCAGCGGGUAGCGAUCGCGCGCGCGCUGAUCCGCAAACCCAGGGUUCUGCUGCUGGACGAGGCCACCAGUGCCCUCGACACUGAAAGCGAGAAGGUAGUACAAGAAGCCCUAGAGGGGUCAGCUGCGGCGGGGCGCACUUGCAUCAUGAUCGCGCACCGCCUCAGCACCGUGCGCGACGCCGACCUCAUCUGCGUGCUGCAAGGCGGACGCGUCGCUGAGCGCGGCACGCACCACGAACUCAUGGACCGCCGCCAACUGUACUAUGAGAUGCACACCAAGCAAUAGUUCCCUAGUAGGCUAAUACUAAGCUGUAGUUAUCCACCAAAAAAUAUGUGGUGAUAACUCCGUUUGUAGGCGAACCGAAGCCUGAAAAUUUUAUAACUUCUGAAGAAGAAUUAAGGCCCUUAGAGAAAAAUGAAUUUUUAGCUGAAGCG